AUGGUGCAAGACUCAGAAGAAGUUAUAAGAGAUUUGUGUAGUCAGUUUGACCAAAAACUGCAGGCGCCGGUUCUGCCGGCAAAGCACAAUUCGGCGCUCGAUAUGAUAUUUGGGCAAGAAAAUCCCCUUGUGCAAGAAACCCAAAAGAAAGAGGAAUUGGAGACAGUCAUUACAAGGGCGUAUCAAGAUCACAGCGAGACACGAAAGCAUCUGGGAGACCUUGUUAAAAAAGAUCCUAAUUUCGCAGUUACACUUUUUGGAUCCUUGGGUAACAAAUCGGUUCAUGUGCUAAUUGGUGUCCACAAAAACGUCGAGGAAACAAAACCAUUGUUAGGAGAGCUAAAACACAGGAUACAUUGUGGGGAAGAUCAAAACAGCCAUUUCCUGUUGAGCUGCAUUUUGCAGUUGUUGCAUAAGUUCACAUAUAAGUUUGACGAUCUGAAAUGGCUCGUGACAGACAUUUGCUUAAGAAUGAUGGAACCGGAUAUCAGAGCUAUGGGGUUGGUUAUUUUUAGUCAAUUGGACGAAAAGUUCCACAAUGAGUUUGAAACGCAGUUACUAAACUUCAUCGAUGAACUCGUUAUUGAGGCUGAGGCUGAUGUCGGCAAUGACCCUUUGGCUAUUAUUGUUGCCAUUCUCAGAGAACUGUACCCUGCUUUUACUGCUCUGUGUUCCAGUGUUAUGUUGGGUAAAGAUCUUGACAAACUUCUCCAAUCAAAAGCUACUGUACAGGAGCCAGACCAAGACUUUGUGAUAAGUCUACUGAAACUACUGGCUAUCGCUUGCAUAGAUGAGAAUGUGAGAGUCCAUAUCUCUGAGAACUACAUGCACGUGUUGGAACUCUCUUACGGAGUUCCAGAAUACAAGAUUUAUUCGUCAUUGGUACUCAUCAAAACCUGGUCUUUCACAAAACUGAAGGACAUCUCGAUACACCAGCUGACAGUUUCGCUGAUAGAAAACUUCCUCAAAGAGUCGAGAAAAGGAAACUCUGAUGAAUUGCCAUAUGCUAUUGAAGGAUUGGCGUACAUAAGCUUGAAAACAUUUUGCAAGUUUCUUUUGAGACACCAUAACUUUUUCUGUCCGGAAUUGGUAAACAUGAUGAAGGAGGGAAGAGUUGAGGGGCAUAACUUAUAUGGACUGAUGGUCAUAAUGGCAAAUCUGGGCACGCUCCCUGAUGAUAGCAGCUCUAAAGAGCCCAAGUCACUGCGGGACUUAAAGGCCUAUUCCGAUCUGAAAAGUCCAAAUCUGCAAGAGGGCGAUGAAGGGAUGAAGGACGAUAAAAUGGCCGUGGUUAGGUUCAAUCAACAAAACAUUCUGGAAACUAAUAUUAUAUCUGAUCUGAAGACGAAACUACCGGAUUUGACUCAGGGUGCUCGGCAACAGUUUAUUAGAAUUAUUUACAAUCUAACACGGGAGCGGAAGAGCAUUGUAAAAGUAGUUGAACAGGGAGCAACUACCGUAGUAUUGGAGUGUUUGAUGAACCAAACAGGCAAAGAGAGCGGCGACAUCUCAAGAGUAUUGGCAUACAGGUCGUUGACAAGGAUUCUCAUUUAUACAGACCCGUCGUUGAUCUUCAACAAAUAUUCACCCAUGAACGCGCUGCAGUUUCUUUUUGAUCUGCUACCUAUUAUCGAUGCAGGAGUGGAAGAGGAUAAUGUAUUCUUCAAGGAAGGUAUCUUAACAACAGCGGAUCAAUACGAAAGUCUGCUGGCACUAACUAAUCUAGCGUCAUUUUCAGGAUCUGCGGGUGAAGAUAUUUGUAAAGCGAUAUGUUCCAAUGGAGUUUAUUGGUCAAAGAUUGAAAAUCUGAUGCUAGACGAAAAUGUGGUAUUGCAAAGAUCAGACCUGGAGUUAAUUUGCAACUUAAUGAGCCAUCCCAUGGCUAUUGCUGUUAAAUUUUUCAAUUUUGACAAUCCCCAGAGUUUUAAGAACUUUACCGUUUUGGUUAAACUACUCCUGCUGGACGAUAUCAAAUCACAAAGGGCUGUUGCUGCAAUCUUUGCGAACAUUGCGAAUACUAUCCCUUUUGUUGCAAAAGAUCUGCUGAAACAAGAGGAACUGAUCAAAAAUUGUGCUACUGUAUUUAUCGAACAGAUGGACGAUGAAGCAUUAAGACAGAGACUUUUAAGCCUGUUUUACUCGUUAUUCGAGCUGACUCCUGAAGAAAACUCUGUAUCGCACGACGACUAUAAGAAGGUAUUAUCCCUUGAGGAGAUCCCCAAGCUGAAAGAUGCCUUAGAACUGCUACAGAAAAAGGACGAUAUUCCAAAGCAAGAUACAGAACUCAUCACAAUAAUACUAGCUAAACUGAAGUGA